GGGCGAGGGCUGGAGAGACAGGAGCCGGGCUGCGGGGAGCGGAGCUAAGUGCGCAAGGCGUGGGCUGCCGGGGGCGGGCGGCGCCUCUUUCCGACACACCCAGCGCUGAGACCAGGAACAGGAACAGCCGCUCCCGCCUCAGUCGCUGCCGCGUCCGCCCAGCCCCGCAGCGACCGAACGGCCCAGCCCGGCCCGCAGCACCAUGUCUGCCUCGGAGGAAGCUGACGGGCUCGGGGUGGCCCGCCCCCAUUACGGCUCUGUCCUGGAUAAUGAGAGGUUGACAGCAGAGGAGAUGGAUGAGAGAAGACAUCAGAAUGUGGCUUAUGAGUAUCUUUGUCAUCUGGAGGAAGCAAAGAGAUGGAUGGAGGCCUGCCUUAAUGAGGAUCUACCUCCCACAACAGAGCUGGAGGAGGGGCUAAGGAAUGGAGUCUAUCUAGCCAAACUUGGAAACUUUUUCACCCCCAAGGUGGUGUCUCUGAAGAAAAUCUAUGACCGGGAACAAACCAGAUAUAAGGCAACUGGUCUCCAUUUCCGGCAUACUGAUAAUGUUAUUCAGUGGUUGAAUGCCAUGGCUGAAAUCGGCCUCCCCAAGAUUUUCUACCCAGAAACUACUGACAUCUAUGAUCGGAAGAACAUGCCACGCUGCAUCUAUUGUAUCCAUGCACUCAGUCUGUACCUGUUUAAACUGGGACUGGCCCCUCAGAUUCAAGAUUUAUAUGGGAAGGUGGACUUCACAGAGGAGGAGAUCAGUAAUAUGAGGAGUGAGCUGGAAAAGUAUGGAAUUCAGAUGCCUGCCUUCAGCAAGAUUGGAGGAAUUUUAGCUAAUGAACUCUCUGUGGAUGAAGCAGCAUUGCAUGCUGCUGUUAUUGCCAUUAAUGAAGCAAUUGAUCGCCAAGUUCCUGCUGACACCCUGAUGGCAAUGAAAAACUCCAAUGCCAUGUUGGUGAAUCUUGUUGAACUCCUGGCAUCAAUCUAUCAGGACACAUUGUACCGGGCAAAGAAAGACAAGAUGGAGAAUGCCAAAAACAGGACUGCCUCUGAGAAUUCAGAGAGAGAGAGGGAUGUGUAUGAAGAGCUGCUGACUCAAGCUGAAAUUCAGGGCAAUGUCAACAAAGUCAACACACAUUCAGCCCUAUCAAAGAUAGAUCUGGCUUUGGAACAGGGAGAUGCAUUAGCAUUAUUUGAAGUUUUGACAUCACCAGCCCUGGGGCUUCAAGGAUUACAGCGAGAAAAUUGUGACUGGUAUCUCAAGCAGCUCUUGAGUGACAGACAGCAGAAACAGGAGACUGGCCUGGCAGGCCCCCUGCAGAAGGAGGAGUUACAGCCUGGAGUGGACGCUGCUAACAAUGCAGCACAACAGUACCAGCGAAGGCUGGGAGCAGUGGCAAGGAUUAAUUCUGCAAUCCAAAUGGGUAUUGCAGAGAAGACUGUGGCAGAACUUUUGAAUCCAGAGGCUCAGUUACCACAGGUUUAUCCAUUUGCAGCAGAUCUUUACCAGAGGGAGCUGGCCACUCUGCAGCAACAGAGCCCUGAUGGUAACCUCACCCACCCAGAGCUGUCAGUUGCGGUGGAGAUGCUGUCAUCUGUGGCUCUGAUUAACAGGGCUUUGGAUUCAGGGGAUGUGAACACAAUUUGGAAACAGCUGAGCAGUUCCGUCACUGGGCUCACUAACAUUGAAGAUGAAAACUCCCAGAGAUACAUCGAUGAUUUGAUGAAGCUGAAAGCUCAGGCACAUACAGAAGGGAAUGAGUUUAUCACAUGGAAUGAUAUCCAGUCAUGCGUGGACCGUGUGAACAUAGUGGUGCAUGAGGAGCACGAGAGGAUUUUAGCAAUUGGGCUUAUUAAUGAAGCUCUUGAUGAGGGAGACACCAGAAAGACCCUUCAAGCCUUACAGAUCCCUGCAGCAAAACUGGAGGGGGUAACCCCAAAGGUAGCACAGCACUACCAGGACACGUUGAUCCGAGCCAAGAGGGAGAAGGCACAGGACACUCAGGAUGAGACAGCUGUGCUGUGGUUGGAUGAAAUUCAGGAUGGGAUUCUUCGAUCCAACAGGGACACAGAGGAAGCACAGAAAUUUUCCUUAGGAAUUCUGGCCAUUAAUGAAGCAGUGGUCCAUGGUGAUGUGGGCCAGACCCUCAGUGCCCUGCGCUCACCUGAUGUCGGACUGUAUGGAGUCACUCCCGAGUGUGAUGAGACAUACCAGCAUGACCUGGCAGAAGCCAAGAAAGAAAAAAUGGCAGCAGGGGACAAUGGCAGCGAGUGGGUGAAGCACUGGGUGAAAGGAGGCUAUUAUUAUUAUCAUAACCUGCGAACCAGAGAGGGACGUUGGGAUGAACUCUCAGGAUUUGUGCAGAAUAAUACCCAGCUCUCCCGGGAGGAGAUACAGAGCUCUAUCUCUGGAGUCACCGCUGCGUACAAUAGAGAGCAGCUCUGGCUUGCUAAUGAGAACCUGAUUACCAGGCUGCAGGCUUGCUGCCGUGGGUACCUUGUUCGCCAGGAAUUCAACUCCAGAAUGAAUUUCUUGAAGAAGCAAGUCCCUGCAAUCACUUGUAUCCAGUCUCAAUGGCGUGGCUACAAGCAGCGGAAGGAAUACCAAGAUCGCUUGGAGUACCUGCGAGCACACAAGGACCAAGUAGUGAAGAUUCAAUCAAUGACCAGGAUGCAUCAAGCCAGAAAGCGGUACAGAGAUCGUCUGCAGUAUUUCAGAGACCAUAUAAAUGACAUUGUAAAAAUCCAGGCUUUUAUUCGUGCAAAUAAAGCACGAGAUGACUACAAAACUCUCAUCAGUGCUGAAGACCCACCUAUGGCUGUGGUCCGGAAAUUUGUCCACUUACUGGAUCAAAGUGAUCAAGAUUUUCAGGAGGAGCUUGACCUAAUGAAGCUGCGUGAGGAGGUUGUGACCCUUAUCCGAUCCAAUCAGCAAUUGGAAAAUGACCUCAAUCUGAUGGACAUCAAAAUUGGACUUCUUGUGAAAAACAAAAUCACAUUGCAGGAUGUUGUAUCUCACAGUAAGAAACUUACCAAGAAGAACAAGGAACAGCUGUCUGACAUGAUGAUGCUGAACAAACAGAGGGGAGGUUUGAAGGCUCUAAGCAAAGAGAAGAGGGAGAAGCUGGAAGCGUAUCAGCAUCUGUUCUACUUGCUUCAGACUAAUCCCACCUACCUGGCCAAGCUGAUUUUUCAGAUGCCUCAGAACAAAUCCACCAAGUUUAUGGAUUCUGUGAUCUUCACGCUGUAUAACUAUGCAUCCAAUCAGAGGGAAGAAUACCUGUUACUUCGGCUUUUCCAGACAGCGCUGCAGGAAGAAAUCAAAUCAAAAGUAGACCAGAUACAUGAGAUUGUGACUGGAAACCCCACUGUUAUUAAGAUGGUGGUAAGUUUCAACCGUGGUGCUCGUGGCCAGAAUGCAAUGAGGCAGAUCCUGGCACCUGUCGUGAAGGAAAUAAUGGAUGACAAAUCACUCAACAUCAAAACUGAUCCUGUGGACAUUUACAAAUCUUGGGUUAACCAGAUGGAGUCGCAAACUGGAGAGGCCAGUAAGUUGCCAUAUGAUGUUACACCUGAGCAAGCUCUGGCUCAUGAAGAGGUGAGGACACGCCUAGAUGCAUCCAUCAAAAACAUGCGGACAGUGACAGACAAGUUCCUGUCAGCCAUCAUCAGCUCAGUGGAUAAAAUCCCUUAUGGCAUGCGCUUCAUUGCCAAGGUUCUGAAAGUUUCGCUACAUGAGAAAUUUCCUGAUGCUGGUGAGGAUGAGUUGCUGAAGAUCAUAGGCAACUUACUCUAUUAUCGCUACAUGAAUCCAGCUAUUGUUGCUCCAGACGCAUUUGACAUCAUUGACCUUUCCGCUGGAGGUCAGCUGACUACAGACCAGCGCAGAAACCUUGGUUCCAUUGCAAAGAUGUUACAGCAUGCUGCAUCCAAUAAGAUGUUCAUGGGAGACAAUGCUCACCUAAGCAUCAUUAAUGAAUAUCUUUCACAGUCCUAUCAGAAAUUCAGACGUUUUUUUCAGGCUGCCUGUGAGGUUCCAGAACUACAGGAUAAAUUUAAUGUUGAUGAAUAUUCUGACUUGGUGACUCUCACUAAACCAGUUAUCUAUAUUUCCAUUGGAGAAAUCAUCAAUACACACACGCUGCUUUUAGAUCAUCAAGAUGCGAUUGCGCCUGAGCACAAUGAUCCAAUUCAUGAGCUGCUGGAUGACCUGGGGGAAGUUCCCACUAUUGAGUCCCUGAUAGGGGAAGGGUCUGGUAACAUUAAUGACCCCAACAAGGAGAUGCUAGCAAAGACUGAAGUUUCUCUUACACUGACGAAUAAAUUUGAUGUUCCUGGUGAUGAGAAUGCUGAAAUGGAUGCAAGGACAAUCCUGCUGAAUACAAAGCGCUUAAUUGUAGAUGUAAUCCGCUUCCAGCCGGGGGAGACACUGAUUGAGAUCCUGAAAACUCCAGCCACCCAUGAGCAGGAAGCAGAGCAUCAGAGAGCAAUGCAGAGACGGGCCAUUCGUGAUGCCAAAACCCCUGACAAGAUGAAAAAAUCUAAAUCUGUAAAGGAGGACAGCAACUUGAAUCUUCAAGAAAAGAAGGAGAAAAUUAAGACAGGCUUGAAGAAGUUGACAGAACUGGGAACCGUAAACCCAAAGAAUAGAUACCAGGAGCUAAUCAAUGAUAUUGCCAAGGACAUCCGGAACCAGCGCAGAUACCGUCAGAGGAGAAAGGCAGAGUUGGUGAAGCUGCAGCAGACUUACAGUGCGCUGAACUCCAAAGCCACCUUUUAUGAGGAACAGGUGGAUUAUUAUAAAAGCUAUAUCAAAACCUGCUUGGAUAACUUGGCCAGCAAGGGCAAAGUCUCUAAGAAGCCACAGGAGAUGAAAGGCAAAAAGAGUAAAAAGAUUUCUCUGAAAUAUACAGCAGCCCGACUUCAUGAGAAGGGAGUCCUGUUGGAGAUUGAAGACCUGCAAGUAAACCAGUGAGUUUUAACUUUUAAACCUAAGGUCCAA